UCUACAAAGGACGGACUCUCCAACUUUCCCAGGUUCAGGAAGGUAAUAUUAACUUCCUGGCAUCAUGAAGACAGUGGAGAGCUCUGAGUGAACUGGGAUCCCCAAGCAUUUUUUACAGCAUGCCAGAGAGAAAUCAUUUGCUCCUUGUUUGCAGCCCCAAAUCUCUGGUUUUCUUGGUGGUCCUAAGCCCAGAACUCCUGUUGCUGGGGACCAGCCUACAGCUACAAGACAAUGCCUACGAAGGGUUACUUGUUGCCAUUCAUCCGAGGGUGAUGGAAGAUCAGGACCUCAUACCAAAGAUUACGGGAAUGAUAACUGAAGCUUCCUCUUACUUGUUCAAUGCUACAAAACGAAGAGUGUAUUUUGGGAAUGUCAAAAUCUUAAUACCAGACACAUGGAAAACUCACAAUUACAGUCAACCCAAAUGGGAGAACUAUGAAAAGGCAAAUGUCAUCAUAGCUGAUUGGUAUAGGAAACACCGAGAUGACCCAUAUACCCUACAGUAUAGAGGGUGUGGAGAAGAAGGUCAAUAUAUACAUUUCACCCCUAACUUCCUACUAAAUGAUAACCUAACUGCCAUUUAUGGAUCACGAGGCAGAGUUUUUGUACAUGAAUGGGCCCAUCUUCGCUGGGGUGUGUUUGAUGAAUAUAACAAUGAGAAACCUUUUUACAUGGCAGGCCACAAUCAGGUGAAAGUCACCAGAUGCUCAUCAGAUCUCACGGGUAUUUUUGUAUGUGAAAAAAAUACUUGUACCCAAGAAAAUUGCAUUAUUCACAAUCUUUUCAAAGAAGGAUGCAUGUUUAUCCAUAACAAUACACAAAAUGCCACAGCGUCAAUAAUGUACAUGCAAAGCCUAUCUUCAGUGGUUGAAUUUUGUAAUGCCAGCACUCACAACCAAGAAGCACCCAACCUUCAGAACCAAAUGUGCAGCCUGAGGAGCACUUGGGAUGUAAUCAUGGACUCUGUUGACUUGAGAAAGAGCCCCCCCUUGGAUGCUGCUGCCCUUCCACCUCCACCCACAUUUUCCUUGCUCCAGACUGGGCACAGAAUCAUCUGCUUAGUUCUGGAUGUUUCUGGAAAGAUGGUUGAGGCUGACAGACUCCUCCGACUGCACCAAGCUGCUGAAUUUUACCUGCUGCAGGUGGUUGAAAUUCAUACAUAUGUGGGCAUUGUAAGCUUCAGCAGCAAAGGAUUGGUCAGAACUCUGCCACGCCAGAUAAAGAAUCCCAGAGACCGAAAGCAACUAUCAUCAGCUCUUCCUACCACUGUGAUAGCUGAUGCAGGUGCCAAUAUAUGUUCAGGCCUACGGACGGGGCUUCAGGUGCUUGAAAGUGUGCAUAGAAAUGCAUUUGGAUCUACGAUAAUAUUAGCAACCAGUGGAGGAGAUGGGGAUAUCAGUAAUUGUUUGUCUACUAUGAUCAACAGUGGUUCAACUAUUCAUACUAUUGCUCUGGGUCCAUUUGUAGAUAAAAAUCUUGAAGAAUUAUCCAUACUGACAGGAGGAUUAAAGUUCUUUGCAUCAGACAAAGCAAGUUCCAAUGGCCUGAUUGAUGCUUUUAGCAGAAUUUCAUCAGGUACUGGAGACAUCUUUCGCCAACCUGUCCAGCUUGACAGUGCUGGUGAAAUUAUUGACAUUCAUCAGCACUUUAAUAGAACAGUGACUAUUGAUGGAGGCCUGGGAAAUGAUACUGUGUUUUUAGUCACCUGGGAGACCCAUGGACCUCCUGACAUAGUCCUCCAGGAUCCAAGUGGGAAAAAAUACUUCACAAAGGAUUUUAAUACCAAUCCAGAGUUGAAGAGCUCUUACCUUUGGAUUCCAGAUUCGGCAAAGACUGGCCAAUGGACUUGUCUUCUGAAUAAUACUCACAGCUCUCCACAAGCUCUCAAAGUGUCAGUGAGUUCUCGGGCUUCUGAUGACGCUGUACCGCCAGUAACUGUGACAGCCCAUGUGGAUAAAGAUGGAACCCAUUUCCCACACCCCGUGAUCAUUUAUGCAGAUGUGAAACAGGGAUUUUAUCCUAUUCUCCAGGCCAAUGUGAUUGCUGUUAUUGAGCCAGAAAUAGGAGAGCCUGUCAGGCUGGAACUAUUUGAUGAUGGGGCAGGUGCUGAUAUUAUAAAAAAUGAUGGCAUCUACUCCCGGUAUUUUUUUUCCUUCACUGUAAAUGGUAGAUAUAGCUUGAAAGUCCAUGUCCAUCAAGAGAGCCACAUUAGGAGAUUGUCCAAAUCUAUUCCAAGGAGCCAUGCGAUGUAUGUUCCAGGUUAUAUAGUAAAUGGUAACAUUCGGAUGAAUGCACCAAAGAAGUCUACAGGUGAUGGUGACAUUCAAGUGCAGAAGUGGGGCUUCAACAGAACAACCUCAGGAGGUUCCUUUUCAGUCCUGGAUGUACCAACAGGUCCCCAUUUGGAUCUGUUCCCACCUUGUAGAAUCAUUAACUUAGAAGCCAUAAGAAAAGAAGAAGAGAUUAUUUUAUCCUGGACAGCUUCCGGAGAGGACUUUGAUCAAGGCCAGGCUGCAAGUUAUGAAAUAAGAAUAAGUAAAAAUCUACAGAAAAUAACAGACGACUUCAAGAACGCUAUUUUGGUCAAUAGUUCUAAGUUGAUUCCUCAACCAGCUGGCUCCAGAGAGACAUUUGUCUUUACCCCAGCACUGUUGACCAAAGAGCAGCAGCAGCAGCUCGAUGGAGAAGUGGGAGAAGCCGACAGAAUCUACUUAGCCAUCCGAGCCCUAGAUGAGACCUCUCUGCAGGGGCAGGUGUCAAACAUUGUACAAGCAGCCCUGUUUAUCCCCCGAAAUGCUUCUUCCGUUCCUGCUCGAGAAUUUCUUAUCCUAAAAGGUGUUUUAACAGCCGUGGGAUUGAUAAUGACUUUGUGUCUUAUGAUAUUCGUGGCACAUUGUACCUUCAGCAGGAAGAAAAAAUCACGGAAGAAGGACAACAGGACAAAACUAUUGUAAAUAAAGGUCAGCAGGCAGUGGGUUUUUUGUCAAAUUGUAAAGUACCUUUGUGUCUGGAAACAGAGGCAAUGGAAUUUCAUAAAAGCAUACCAGCGAUAGGAAUAGGAACUGAAGGUUCCUAUCAUAAGUGGUGAUUUCAUUGAUCUAGGGAAGUCCCAGAUGAGGAACUACUAGUGCAGUUCUGGAACUUAUCUGCCAAUUAUAGUCUAAGAGAGUUGCCUAGACUGGAAGCUGUCACUCACUAAGUAUGUCAAUGGGGCUAUUUUAACACUCAGGUCUUCUUCUCUCCCAGGCCAGCUUUCAGGCCUCUGUGUAACACUGCCUCUCUUGCCCUAUAUACAAAUAAAAUUAAAACCCUA